UAAGGUAUACAUACAUACAUACAUACAUAUGUAUAUAAACACAAAAGAAAGAGCAAAAAUGUUGAUGAAUACAAUUGAAUUAUGAAUGUUUGUGACCGAAAGUGCAAAGCAAAGGAGAAUUUUUAAAUACUUUUUGAAUUUAAACAUGCAGGCCUAAAGGUCUGCAAUUUUGAACAUUUUUUGUAUAUAGUGAACAUAUUUGCUACCUGCAUAAUUCUUUUCCUUCUAGUUAUUCUCCCUUCAUUCCAAACUGUUUGUGUUUUGCUUGUAAUCUAUGUGUGCGUAUGUAUGUAAACUCAGCGUAUGACGUACAGUACUGUACAGUUGUGAACAAAUGAACCACUCAUGAUUCACUCGACCCGAAAACCAAACCAACAAAACGAAGUGAACACGAACACGACAAGUAAAUGAAAAACCACUUCUGGUGCAUACUCACGAGUCUACGUGUGUAGAGAAGUCAGUAUAUACUUGAACUUAUGAGUGUCAGCCGGCGUUUUUGCGAAUUAAUUUUUUGUGUUUUGUUGAGUUUAAUAAAAAUAAAUUAAAAUAUGAAAACAGACACCGAUAAAUACUACAAAUUUUUAAGACAUGUCAAUAGGACUAUUUGUUUAUAUUGUCAAAAAACCUUAAGUGGUACAACUACAUCCAAUAUUAGAAGGCACUAUAAAAUUGUGCAUAGCAUCGAAAUUCCGAGAAAGAAAGAAACACAAAGCAAGACUAAAGAAGAAUGUGUAGAGACUCCAGUGAAAGAGCGUAAAACCCAGGAAGGAAUAUGUAUUGAUAUCGAUAAAAGUAAAUUCUUAAGAUGUUGUGUGGGAUUAGUAGCUGCCAAAAAUCUACCUUUUGGUAUAUACGAUGAUGAAGAGUUUUUUAAAAUCUUGAUAGCACCAUAUGAAAAGAAAUUCAACACGAAUCUUAACUCAAAGAAUAUCGUUUCAUUGAUUGAAAAUUCCUCCGUAAAAAUACAACAAAUAAUAAGAGAACGUAUUAAAAAUAAAAUGAUAUGUCUAGACUUCGACGUUGUGAAAAUAAUGGACUACAAAAUGCUUGUAAUUGAUGUUCACUACAUACAGGACUUUCAAAUCUGCAUUAAUACGAUAGGUGUCAUUAUGUUAGAUCGUAAACAACAGGAUCAGACAAUAUAUCUGAAAGAGGAGAUUAUCAAAUGCCUGCAAAGUUAUCAAAUAGACAUAAACCAAAUUUAUGCCAGUAAAUCUAAUUGUGGAUGUUUGCCGCAAAUAAGUACUAUGAUUCACACUGUGAAAGAAGAAAAAAUUUGUGAUGAAUUUAUUGAAGAAAAAUGCAAUUAUGUUGAAAAUAUUGACGAGGACAUACAUUCAAUACUCUCCACAGUUUUAUCUGUUGGUGAGAGUAUAGCCCAUACAAUACAACUUGCGGUUAACGAUGUACUUAAAAAUCUAGAAAUUGAAAUCCAGAAAUGUAGGAACAUUGUUAUUCAGCUUAGAAAAACAUUUGAAGAAAGUGACUCUCAAGUGCAAAUUCCAAAUCUAGAUAAUUUGCAAAAUUGGUAUUCCACUUACGAAAUGUUAUUUUCUUUCAUACAAUCGAGACAAACAAUAGAAACUUGGCAUAUACAGAAAGAUAUUAUAAUUGAUAUCAAUUGGGAUUUCAUAACAGACUUUGUAGUUGCCUUCAAUCCAUUGGUAACAUGUAGAAAAAAAAUGCAAUCGGAACAAUAUAUUAUAGGAGAUUUCUACAGAGAUUGGUUAUGCUGUGAAAUAGAAUUAGAAGAUUUAUUCUCAGUUACUCCAUAUGCCUCAAUAUUACAUGAAUCCAUGCAAAAAAGAAAAGAAAAGGUGUUUCUAGACGAUGUCACUUUCCUUGCAGCACUGUAUCUUGAUCCUCGUUUCAAUUUUGAAAACUCAAUUGUGCUAUCAGAAGAACAAAAAUCUACAGCUAUAGAAAAUUUGUUAAAAACUUUUACAAAUCUUAAAAAGUUGGAGGCUUCACAACCAGAAGACUGUAAAAUGAAAUCAAAUUCUUCAAAUACUUCAUCAUUUGUUUCAUGUGAUUUGGCGUCCACCUCUUUCGGUUCAACUUAUUCGAAACUAGAACAACGUAUGAUGCAGUCAAUGAUGUCCAUUAACAAAGCAAAUACACAUCUUACCUUCAAGCAGAAAAUUACAUCACUCUCAAAUCAGAAGAAGGUUCCCCUCGAUGCUGAUAUAUUGAAUUUUUGGGUAACUACACGACUUGACAAUGAUAUUAAAAAAGUUGCUUCCAUAGCACUGGCAGUUCCAAUUACACAUGUGUCCAUUGAGAAGGCUUUUAAAGCGUUAUCUACAAUUUUACCUAAGUUAGAAUCAACUGUAGAUAAUGACACAUUAAAUUCUUUACUUUUAACUAAUUUAAAUUUUGUAGAACUUUACCUAAACAAUACCCAAAUAGACUUUGCAGAUCAAAACAUAUUAGUAUUAAAUGAGGCGGAUAUAGAUUAAUAUAAGAAAAAAAAAUAAAAAUAAAUAUAAAAUUUAUCCGAGAAUUGUGAGGAACCUAUUAAUAGAAAUGUAUGCGUACCAGAAGUUUUUUUAUAAGACAAAAAUACAAACACUAAAACAUUAGUAAAAUAAUGUAAAUAUAGAAUUAAAUCAAUAAUAUAUAGGGGGGAUAAUAUAUAUUAGAGUGGCCCUUAAUUGUAUUGGAAAAGUUUUUUCGAAUCAGAUUGGUUAUAUAAUUUUCAAGCAACUUAGUGUAAAGGAUAAAGAUAUGGAAAGAAUUUAAAAAAAAAGCUGAAAUUAUUGAGGUACGACUUUAAAGUACUGAUUCCAUCUUUUA